AUGCAAGCCAUUAAUCCUGUAGAUGUUCAUGUUGAAAAAGAAUGGCGUGUAGGAUCAGCUGUUAAGAAAAAUGUUAAAACAUCAAGUAAUACAAAUCGAACGGCACCUCGCAUGCGUACACAAGUUGUUAACAAGACUAAACCUAAAAAAACCAAACCUAUAGUAUCACCAUCACCUAAAAUUCCUAAACAAGUUGUUGUGCCUAAAUUAGUUUUACCAGUUCGUUCUUCAAGUUCAUCACCAAAUCGAGAACCAUGGGUUCCACCACCAGGUCGUUCAACAAAAGGACAAAAAGUUUCUUGGCAGAGUCCAGAAUCACGUUUAGAAAUUAAUCCAGUUACGGAAAUAAUAAUUAAUGAUGGAGACAGUCAAAAUAUAAAAUCUGAUAGACAAAAUAGCACAAAUAAUUCUCAGACAAAUACUCUUUCGACUUAUGAAGAUGAAAAACUAAUGAGAGAAAUUCAAAACUAUGAAAAACGUAUUCAAGGACUUAUUGAUGGUAUUGGAAUGCUUAAAGAACGAAUGCAUAAUCAUGCAAAUACUCCUGAUCAAACGAAUCAACUACGUUCAGAUAUUGAUUCAUCUUUAUACGAAUUAGAACAACUACAACAAGAUUAUACUAAACGUUUAUCUAGCCAAACAACAAAAAUUUCUCGUGCACGAUCACUAUCACCUAUUCGUAAUAAAAAUCGUUCAUCAAGUGCUGAUGAACAACGACAUAAACGAACUACAACACCAAGAGUUUCUUUUCAAGAUGAUCCAAUUAUUACAAAGCGAAGAGCACGUAGUACAACACCAAUUAAAGGUCCACUUUAUCUUAAUCCAGAUCGAGAACGAUUAUUAAUAUCAUUAACUGAAUCAGAAGCAGAUGUUGCACAAAUUACCAAACAAUUAUCUUCAGUGAAUGAUAUCCUCAUAAAACUUAAAUUUGAAGACAAACCAUUAUCAUUCGAAGUUGAACAACUUUAUCAACAUCGAAAUCAACUAUUACAUUUGAUUGAACAAUUUGAACGUUCAAAUAGUAAACUUAGAGAAUUUCUUCGUCAUCAAUAUCAUUUAGAAGCUGAACAUGGAAUAAUUAAUGAUAAAUAUGAUACAUAUAAAACACAUAUACAUGAACUUGAAAAUGAAAAUCAACAGAUAAGACAUUUAUUACUUAGUCGAGAAAAUGAUAAUAUUGCUUUACUAACGGAACUUGAACGUAUAAGAACUCAUACAAUUGGUUUUGAUACAAUGAAAACAUCAUUAGAACAUAAUCGUGCUCAUCUUCAACGAGAAUUAUAUGCAAGAGAAGGAGAAAUUAAUCGAUUACAAUGUAUUAUAAGAACAUUGGAACGCGAUCUUCAACGAAAUCGUUUUCCAUCGGAUAAUAUUCCUCGAUCAAAUAAACGUACACCUAUGUUUUCUACUUCAUCGUGUUCUUCUCCCUUAAAUGUUGUCUCUAAAAAGAAAGCAAUAACAGUUGAAAAAUUACAAGCUGAAUUAUAUAAUCGUGAUCAUCAAAUAAAUGAAUUAAAACAAAAAUUAGGUGAUAAUAAAAGUGAACAAACAGAUGAUCCAAAUUCUGAAAUUUUACAAUUACGUGCAAAACUUCAACAAGCUGAACUUGUAAUAAGUGAAUAUAAAGCUCAAUUACAUACUGAAACAUUAAAAACAUCAGCUAAUAAUAGUAAAAAUCAUUUAUCUGAAAUUGAAUUAGAAAGAAUACGUGCUCGAUUACAAAAACGUAUUGAAGAACUUGAACCAUUACCUGAUCUAUUGAAACAAGUUGAAUCGAAAAAUGAAAAACUUCAAAAACAUAUUCAUGAACUUGAAAAACGUUUUUCUGGUCAAUCAAUGACUUCUAUAGAUCGAUCUAAAGAUAAUCAUUCAUCAUUCAAUGAUGAUACUCGAACACUUCAACGUAAAAUUGUGUCCUUGGAAGAUCAAAAUGAAGACUUAUUAAAAAAACUCAAUAAAAAAGAAGAAGAAUUACAUAUUGUACAAUCUCGUCUAAAUUCUAAAACGUAUGAUAUCACAUCAAUCAAUACGCAAAUUGAUUCAAAAAACACUCAUUAUCAAGUUCGAGAUGAUGCAUAUAGUUCUAAGAAUACAUUUGAUCUUGAACAACAAAUAUCUCGACUUCAUCUUGAAUAUGCACAAUUAAAACGAGAAAAAGAUGAAGUUGAACGACGUUAUACAUCACAAUUGAGUGAAUUACGUGAUAAAUUAGAACAAUCAAAUAAUACAAAUCGAACAAUGCAAAAUUAUGUUAAUUCACUUAAAACAACAUAUACGACUCUUUUUAAUGAUUCAAUUCCAACAUCUUUCAAACAUUAUACAACAACAUAA